AUGUCGCGACACGCACAGGUAGAGGAGGUGUACGACUCCGAUCCAGAUGAGGUUUUCCCCUCCGACUCCACGCCCUCCAACUUCGCCAAUGAAUCCCUCCUCUCCGCCGCAGGUAUCUCUCCCCAGGGCUCCUCGUCGAUACCAAUGAGGCCAGCCCCUGAACCGCGUCGCGAAAUCCCGAAACACUACCAGUGCCUGUAUCCCGUGUACUUCGACAAAUCGCGAAGCCGCGCAGAGGGCCGCAAGGUCGGCGCAGAGCUGGCGGUGGAGAACCCAUUAGCUCGAGACAUUGUCGAUGCUGCGCAGAUGCUGGGAUUGCAAGUUGGAUUCGAGCCGGAAAAACUCCACCCGAAGGAUUGGGCGAACCCAGGCCGAGUGCGCGUGCUGGUGAAGGACGAGGAUGGGACAUUGGCAAACCCAAAGAUUAAGAAUAAACACCAUCUUUACAUCCUCGUGGCCCAGUAUCUUAAAGCUCACCCAACAACCGACAAAUCCCCUUACCGGCUGAGAAUCAGUGGUCUUCCCAUGCCAGACAAGCUUCCCCCUGCCCCUCCUGCUCCCCGCGGAUGGAAGAUCGGCACAAUUCUUCCAAUCCACUCGCCUGCCUACAGCGGCGGUGGAGUCAGCGAUAACCCGCUCAAGGAUGCUAUGGCCGAGAUGCAGAACAUGCAGGGUAUGCCAGGAAUGCCUCAGAUCCCUGGAAUGCCCGCCGGACUGGCCGAGAUGAUGGGAGGAGGAGGAGAACCGUCCGGAGGCAGUGGCGAGAAGGAGAAGAAAAAGAAGGACAAGAAGAAGGGAAAGGCCUAAGGUGGCCUGCCAUAUGGAGUUAUUACGAUUGUCUACCUGUCCAUAUUGUGUACACGUUUUUGGCUGCAUUGUACGGGCGUAAGGCGUUUGUUUACACCGAUAGAGGGCUUCCACGGUCUUCUCUGAUACCAA